AUGGAUCCGUCGAGCAUCCCUCCGGUAUUGAAGGACACGCCCGUCUCUACUCCGUCUCUCGUUUCUACUCUCAUCACCAACUGCGGUACUAUGGCAUCGUCGACAGAAGCGGUCCCGCCAGCAGCAAAGAUCUCCCUCAUCACUGUAUGGAUGGAGACCCUCGUCUAUGGAAUCAAUAUCAUAGCAUUUGCUGGAGCCAUUUGGGUCCUUGCUUUCCGUCGCAAAGUUGUCACCACCGCGCAUCGCUACCUUAUAGCAACAUCCUGCUUUUUGUUCUCUCUCUCAACAGUGCAUGUUUCCAUUUCCCUUACGCAGCUCCUGAAGGGGUUUAUCGAUGGAGAUUGGGUCAACUCUGUGGAUUCGAUGAUUGAAGCAGACUUGUAUUUCUUGUCCUUCACACAGCCUCUGGCAUUUGUAAAACUCGUCCUAUACGUUGUAAAUGUUUUUGUUCAGGAUAUGAUUCUUAUCUGGCGUAUGUACGCUGUCUACGGCGCCAACUGGAAGAUUGCCGUAGUCCCUGUUUUCUUUGAGCUCGUCCACACAGGUGUCGCGAUGUCCACUACCGUGCUUGGAUUCAACGGAGUUCCGCUGAAUGGCGAGCGAGUCGAGGCAACCGCGCUCACAGGAUGGAUCAUGGACCUUAUCAUCAAUUUGGGAGUGACAGCUGCAAUUGCAUACAAACUGUGGCACGUCGGCCGCGAGGUCGCUGGUAUGCGGUCGGAUGGCAGGGACCACAACGCGUAUCUUGGUGUUAUCUUCAUCGUCCUCGAGUCCGGAGUCAUGUUCGCUACCGCGACGUUCAUUGUUGUCGUGCUCUACCUGCACACCCCCACACAGCUUGAGGCCAUGCUUGGCGUCAACGUCGUGACGCAAGUCGCUACACUUUCUCCGAUGCUGAUUGUGGUCCGUGUCGGGCUGCGUAUCAUGCACGGUGGUUCAACCACAGAUACAUUCCAUACCAGAACGUCCUCGAAAACCCUCACUGCACCCCGGUUUGCUCCCAAUAUGAGGGCGCCCAUUGAUGUCCUUCGGACGGAGGAGAAUAUCAGUGAUAUAGGCACAAACAGCUAUAACCUGCAGGAUAUCAAAGCGAACUUCAAUGGUGUGUGA